AUGGCCAUGGCCGCGGCCUCCUCCUGCGCAGACGCCACCUGGUGGGCCUACGCGCUCCCGGCUCUCCUCGGCGCCGACACCCUGUGCGCCCACCCGGCGCUGCUCGCCGCCGCGCUCCUCCUGGCCUUCUCCACGGCGGCGGUGCUCGCCUGGGCCGCGUCCCCCGGCGGGCCGGCGUGGGCGCACGGCCGGGGCCGCCUCGGCGCGACGCCCAUCCCGGGGCCGCGCGGGCUCCCCGUGUUCGGCAGCAUCUUCGCGCUCUCCGGCGGCCUCCCGCACCGCGCGCUGGCCGCGAUGGCCCGCGCGUCGCGGGCGAGGGAGCUCAUGGCUUUCUCCGUCGGGGAGACGCCGGCCGUCGUGUCGUCGUGCCCGGCCACGGCGAGGGAGCUGCUUUCGCACCCGGCGUUCGCCGACCGCCCCCUGAAGCGCUCGGCGCGGGAGCUGCUGUUCGCGCGCGCCAUCGGGUUCGCCCCCAGCGGCGAGUACUGGCGCCUCCUCCGCCGCAUCGCCUCCACCCACCUCUUCUCCCCUCGCCGCGUCGCCGCGCACGAGCCCGGCCGCCAGGCCGACGCCACGGCGAUGCUCGCCGCCAUCGCCGCGGAGCAGUCCGCCUCCGGUGCCGUCGUCCUCCGCCCCCACCUCCAGGCCGCCGCCCUGAACAACAUCAUGGGAAGCGUAUUCGGCCGGCGCUACGACGUCUCCUCCACCGCCCGCGCCGCCGAGGCCGAGCAGCUGAAGAGCAUGGUGAGGGAAGGCUUCGAGCUCCUCGGUGCGUUCAACUGGUCGGACCACCUCCCAUGGCUCGCCCACCUCUACGACCCCAACAACGUCGCCCGCCGCUGCGCCGCGCUGGUGCCGCGCGUCCAGGCCUUCGUCCGCGGCGUCAUCCGCGACCACCGCCUCCGCCGCGAGAGCGCCGCCACCGCCGAGGACAAUGCGGACUUCGUCGACGUGCUCCUCUCUCUCGAGGGCGACGAGAAGCUCGGCGAGGACGACAUGGUCGCGGUCCUCUGGGAGAUGAUCUUUCGUGGGACGGACACGACGGCGUUGCUGACGGAGUGGUGCAUCGCCGAGCUGGUGCGCCACCCGGCGGUGCAGGCGAGGCUGCGGGCGGAGGUGGACGCGGCGGUGGGCGGCGGCGGCGGGUGUCCCAGCGACGGCGACGUGGCGCGCAUGCCGUACCUGCAGGCGGUGGUGAAGGAGACGCUCCGGGCGCACCCGCCGGGGCCGCUGCUGAGCUGGGCGCGGCUCGCCACCGCCGACGUGCCGCUGUCGAACGGCAUGGUGGUGCCCGCGGGCACGACGGCGAUGGUCAACAUGUACGCCAUCGCCCACGACGCCGCCGUCUGGGCCGACCCGGGCGCGUUCGCGCCGGAGCGGUUCCUCCCCGCGGAGGGCGGCGCCGACGUGGACGUCCGCGGCGGCGACCUCCGCCUCGCCCCGUUCGGCGCCGGCCGCCGCGUCUGCCCCGGCAAGAACCUCGGCCUCGCCACCGUCUCCCUCUGGGUCGCCCGCCUCGUCCACGCCUUCGACUGGUCCCUCCCGCCGGGCUCCCCGCCGCCGUCCCUCGACGAGGUCCUCAAGCUCUCCCUCGAGAUGAAGACCCCUCUCGCCGCCGCCGCCGUCCCCCGCCGCGCCGCCUGAUCGCCCAUCGCCUUCGUCCUUCUUCCUCUAUCCUAGAUAUAUAAUUAAUCUUUCGCUCCCCUUCGCCUUCGCCUUCGUCUUCGUCUUCCUCGUCGUGCUUGGCUUGCCUAGGGUUGACAUAUAUGUUUAUACCACGUCCGCCAUUGUUAGCAUCGAUCGAUCGAUCUGACCGAUGCCGGGGCAGCUCCAAUUUUGGCCACAACGUGCGUGGAGUUCAUCCUCGGAUCCGGACAGCAGAUUAUAUAUAGGUUUGGAGUUUGAGUCGAUGUAAUUAGGGCUUGGUUUGUUUUGACGACGGGCGUGAUCAUGUGCAUGCUCACUAGCUCCACUCAUGGUGUAGAGAGUGAGUGAUCAUGGCGUGUCGUCGUCAUCGUUUUGAUAAAAAUGGCUGGCUGCAUGGCUGCUGCUAGCUGAUUAACCCUAGCCCCUCCAUUAAAUUUGUAUCAAGUUGAUCAAUAUAUGUAACGUAACGUAAUGUAA